CCCGUACCGUAUCCACCGUGCCACCUCGGGCUCAUUGGCGGCUCGCCAUGUCUUUCUUCCAUGUGUUCCUUGUCUUCUCAGCGCUCCCGCUCGCCUUCGCAGGAUGGAGUGCCAUCACGCUCGUCCAGAACUACAAGAAGGCGAGUUCGACUGGCCUCCCUAUCACGAUCCGCUUUAUUUCGCCGGGUUCUCCAUUAUGGAUGAUGUUAUCUCCAUUAAUCAUGCGAAUCGCCGAGUAUCUGCCGUUUACCACCUCGUUUAUUGCGACAUACCGGCGUGGCUGGGAAGCACGGGAGCGAUGCCGCCCGCACGUCAAGAUGGGCGACUUGUUCAUGAUCUGCACACCCGGCGGAAAUUGGCUGAAAGUGUGCCACCCCUUGAUCACGAGUGACAUUCUGAAGAGGAAAUGGUGUUUUGAGAGAGACCUGGACGCUUUCGAAGUGCUGAAUAUCUACGGGAAGAACCUGGCGACAAGCCAAGGAGAGGACUGGAACCGCCACCGCAAAGUCUCGGCAGCCACAUUCACGGAGAAGAACCACGAGCUGGUAUGGCGUGAAAGCCUCAAAGUGGGAAGGCAGAUGCUCGAGUACUGGCUAUACAGGUUCCCGAAACCGGUCCGGACUCUGGCUCAAGACACGCGCGUUUUCACGUUGAAUGUCCUGGCGGCCGCUUUGUUCGACAAAUCAUACCCUUUCGAAAGCAGAGAAGAGAGCGAGGCUCGCGAAAGGCGUGCCGUUGGCGCGAAGGAUGCGGCAUUCGGGUAUCGUGACAGUUUGUGCACGAUUCUGCGCCAAAUUGUUCCGAUCAUGGUCUUCGGAGAACAGAGGCUGCGUGACUCUUGGUGGCUUCCUGCAUCAUGGCGUAGAGCCGGUCAUGCUGUGUCGGAUUUCCGAAACUACGUAACUGAGCUGAUCAAUGAGGAGCGGGCACUCCUAGCCCAGGGCAAACAAAACACGCCGAACCUCGUGACGAACCUCGUCCGGGCUAGCGAAGAAGGAGACGGGAGCCUCAAGGCCGGCAAUCCGAAACCUAAACAAGCGAUCCUUACGAAGGAUGAAAUCAUCAGCGACCUCUUUGUGUUCGCAUUUGCUGGCAACGACACGACCGCUAUUACUCUGACCCACAUUAUUGCAUUCAUGGCCGCGCGUCCCGACGUUCAAGACUGGGUGUCCGAGGAAAUACACUAUCAUCUCUACGACGACGAUGAGACCAAAUGGGACUACGUCAACUGUGCGGAGCUGAAGCGAUGUUGGGCCGUCGUCUACGAGACGUUGCGUCUCUGCCACCCGCUCGGCCAAAUCGUCAAGACCACCGGCCUCAGGCCCCGAGUACUCCAAUACAAAAGACAAUCGGUCGUCAUUCCAGAAAAGACCACGGUGGAGAUUAACCUUCCAGCUUUACAAACGCAUCCGCUGUAUUGGGACCGAGGUCUGAGUUGGCAACCCGGGAACUUCAUCAGGGGCGCUGGAUACCCCGAAAUACUACGUUCAGACGUGAUGUCGGACUUCUUGCCGUGGUCGGUUGGCAGGGGCGUGUGCCCAGGCAAGCGCUUCUCCCAGGUUGAACUGGUCGCGGUACUUGUAGCACUGUUCCGAGACCACCGCGUUGAGCCUGUGCCAGAGAAGGGCGAGAGCAUGCAGGAGGCAAGGCAGAGGGUGGAACGGCACGCGAAAGACGUCGAGAUGAGAUUGCUGAAUGAAAUGAGGGAGCCGGAGAGAGUUGCCCUUAGAUGGUACAAGGUGGAGCAGAGAGUGAUUGAGCGACGACCGUAAAAGCGGGAUUGCAGUGCUACGGAUUCUCCACUAGACAUCGAUCUACUAGAAUACAGCUAGCCCCCAAUCACACUCCAUUCAACGGAUCCAUCACCAAAGCAUCGAUAUACUCGCACCUCUGCUGUAUGUCCCUCGCCAUUGGUCCAAACUCGUACCCGCCCAACGUAAUAUUCGCAAUCGCACCAUUUUCGCCAACGAGUGGCCACUCCGACAGCGGUGUCGCAUACGGCGCAUCCGGGUUUGUAGGGAAAGCCUUACGGAACAUGUA